AUGAGCCAAACAUCAGAGACGCCAGUCGAGGUUUCAGUUGUGACAGAAGCUCCUCCUGCGCAGACUGAAGCCAAGCAGCCAGCAGGAGGAAAGAAACAAAAUAAGAAGAAAGUGGAAAAGGUGGUGGAAGAAGAGGAGGAAGAGUAUGUUGUGGAGAAGGUCCUGGACCGACGUGUUGUGAAGGGAAGAGUAGAGUAUCUCCUCAAGUGGAAAGGCUUUUCAGAUGAGGACAACACUUGGGAGCCAGAGGAAAACUUGGACUGCCCAGAUCUCAUUGCAGAAUACCUUCAGUCCCAGAGAACCGCUAAUGAGACUGGGGUCAAACGGCGCCCUGAAGGAGACGGAGAUGGAAAGGAGACCCAGCCGAAAAAGCGCAAGGAUGAACCAGAGAAACUGAGAGGCUUUGCCCGUGGCUUGGAUCCCGAGAGGAUUAUUGGUGCAACAGACUCAAGCGGAGAGCUUAUGUUCCUCAUGAAAUGGAAAAACUCUGAUGAGGCAGAUCUCGUUCCAGCCAAGGAGGCAAAUGUGAAGUGUCCACAGGUGGUCAUUUCUUUCUAUGAAGAGCGACUCACCUGGCAUUCUUACCCCACUGACGAGGAGGAGAAGAAGGAUGAGAAAAACUAGGCAAAUGAUUGGGAUCUAUUGGGAAAAUGAACUGUAAACGACAGCUAUUCAAAUCCAAACCUCUGUUUUAUUUUCUAAAAAGGCGUAAAUGAAGGUUUACAUGAUUCACUCCAAUCCCAACUCA